AUGCCAUCAUCUGCUAAAAUGAUGCAAGCCUUGAUAUUGUUCCGUUCCACUCGGGCGACACAGCGCACCCGUGCCCUGAGUAACGUUGCCGCCUCUGUUGGCGUCAUACACUCGGAUCGUGGGUCUAGGCUUGCAGCGCUACGCGAAUGCUUAAGUGAAGAAGCUGGUCAGGAUCCGACCUCACCAGUGCAAAGGUUGUCACUCGAAGAUUUCGCGUUCGACACUGAAGUCGCGCCCGGCGUCAAACCUUCGCGCAAGCCUAGUGCAUCUCAUCGAAAGCCGAAGUGGUUGAAUGCGCAGCCAACAACGGGGGAGAAUUAUGAGCGAUUGCGCUCGACCGUCAAGGAUCUGGGUCUAAGUACCGUGUGCGUGGAGGCCAAAUGCCCCAACAUCGGCGAGUGCUGGGGUGGUGGCAAAGAUGGCAUUGCAACUGCCACUAUAAUGCUGAUGGGGGACACCUGUACGCGCGGAUGUAGCUUUUGUGCCGUUAAAACGAGUAAGAAGCCAAAGCCAUUGGACUCUGAGGAACCUGAAAAAGUGGCGGCGGCUAUUGCUGCCUGGGGUCUCGACUAUAUCGUGUUUACAAGUGUCGACCGAGAUGACUACGAGGAUCAAGGUGCUGGACACUUUGCUAAGACCGUGCGCACACUUCGUGCCAAGCUACCAACGAUCCUGAUUGAGUGUCUUACACCCGAUUUUACGGGCAAUGACAAGCUUAUCGAUCAGGUGGCAACUUCAGGCCUUAAUGUUUUUGCUCACAAUCUGGAGACGGUCGAACGCUUGCAGCGUCGUGUGCGUGACUAUCGCGCCAAUUACAAGCAGUCUUUGCACGUACUAGAGCGUGCAAAGGUGGCUGCUUCACAUCUUCUGACGAAAACGUCACUGAUGCUUGGAGUAGGGGAACGCAAUGAGGAUGUGUUCCAGACGCUGCGUGAUUUGCGCAACAGUGGUGUGGAUGUCGUGACUUUUGGUCAAUAUCUUCGUCCAAGCACUAAGCAUAUGCCGGUCAGCUCCUACGUGUCACCCGACGCAUUUGCCGAGUGGCAGAAGGUGGCCGAGCAGAUGGGGUUUCUUUAUGUCGCUAGUGGCCCAAUGGUGCGCUCUAGCUACAAAGCCGGUGAAUACUAUAUGAAGAAUUUGCUUAGGAUCCGCAAAGAAGAAACCGCAGCAUAA